ACGAGGCGAUUGUCUCCAGACUUUUAACUCGUUGAGUGUUCUCCAACCAUGCCGUCUCAAUCCCACAUAGAGAUCGUCGGCCUAAUUAAAGACAGUUCUUUCCAUGUGGCCAGAUGUAUUGCUCAGGGACUGAAGCAGAAGUUCCCAGAGGCGUUUCAGCGGCCAAGCAUUCAAGCUCUGUUCGAGUUGGACUGGGACCAGUACCUGUGCGAGAAGAAAAGGGAGCUGCGUGGUGAGGUGUGGGAGUACUCCAGCAGCCUGAUGUGCUUCCUGGACGGCAGUCUCCUAGGUGAUGACAAGCAUUUUGCAGACUGGGCAAAGACUAACUGGGAUUUUGCUUUGACUCGGCCACCGGCUUAUUACGAGGCUCUAACUGAGACGCACUACACCAAAGUCCUCCAGAUCACCGAGCAUCAGUUUGUCUUCAUGGACAUUCAGAUAGCAGGAGAAGCAGCGGGGAGGUUGUUGUUUGAGCUGUUCUCAGAUAUAUGUCCAAAGACUUCUGAGAACUUUAAGGAGCUGUGCACCGGAGAGCGAGGACUGUCACAGAGCGGCUUCCCACUGUGCUACAAGGGCUCUCUGAUUCACCGGGUGGUGCCCAACGGCUGGGUGCAAGGUGGAGAUAUUUAUCCAGGAAGUAAAGGCGAUGGAGGAGAAUCAGUCUAUGGACCAACUUUCGAAGAUGAAAGUUUUGCUGUUCCUCACUCGAAGCGAGGCACGCUAGGGAUGGCCAAUAAGGGUUCCCAUAGCAACGGAUCCCAGUUUUAUAUCACGCUGGAGCCAGCGAAUUGGAUGGACAGGACCUACGUCGCCUUUGGACAAGUGGUGGAGGGUGCUGAUGUCCUCAAGAGAUUGGAGGAGAUCCAGACUUCCAAUGAAAGACCAAUCUAUGAUUGUAGAGUUACAGAAUGUGGAGUAUUAAAACUCUAAGAAUGAAGUUGAAGCAUUAAAAUAAACUCUAAGAUAAAUGUAAUUAACACAGAUUAAAAAAAAGUAUUUUUGCUUUACUACGAAACCUUUUUUAUUUAAUUGUACAUUGUCACUUAGUUUAUCACGAAGUAAGUUUUGGGUCCUCGUCUUCUAGGUUACUUAAGUGGUCCUAAAUAAAUCUGUGGAUGUGAUAGACAUUAUUACACCUAUUUAAAGUUUUAUUUGCCUUUUUUAAAGUUACAUUUAAUAAUAUCGAUUAAGAUAGAACAGAUAAACAGAUAAUGUUAGACAUUUCGUUGACACUGCUGUCCCCUGCUGUUCAUAUUUAGUAACAGCAACAACUCUUCCAUAAACAAAACAAAUAAAUAGAAAUAACAGAGGUUUACAUUUAAUUUGAUAAGAAUAUAAUUAACCUAUUAAUCAGUUUCAUAAAUUAUCAGACGUUUAAUUAAUUUAUUUUUACAUUGCAAGGCAAAAAAAAAUACUUGACUUUAUUUUUUGACUUAAUGUCUUUUUAAAGAGGUUAAAUUAAUCUAAAUUAAUUUUCUAAUGGUUAAGGUUGAGGAUAAGGUUUUGGUUAGGCUGUCCACAAUGAAUGGAAGUCAAUGUAAAGUCAGGAUAGCUGCGUAAACUUGUGAGUCUGUUUUUAUGUACUUAUAUUGAAGUGAGGACUGUGGUCAUUUUGACCACAACAUGUUCAUGUAUAUUUCCCCUUUGAUUGAUCAUGAAUGAAUCUCACACAAUGUAACCUUGAUCCUGCUGUAUCCUGUACUACUGAAUGAAUCUUGGCCUGAUUGCUUUAACUAAGGCAUUGUUAUUUUCAUGUCAUCAGAAGAUCCCGACCUUUGACUUUGUAACAACCCCAACCAGAGUGGGAGGGGUGAGCCAAAUGUAUAGAGACAAAGAACUGUUUCCCAUCGGUGUGCAUAUAUCAAACUAACCUUUGUCGUAUGCACCAUGCUCUGAGCAUUAAAGUGUGACAAUUCUGUAA